CAUCAUGGCGGACGGAGAUGAAGAAAGCGAAGAAGACGGUGAAGUAAGUUUUAAAAAGCCUUUGGAACUCUUCGAGCAGAAAAAAAUAGUGCGCAUAUGUGCGCCAAUGGUUAGAUAUUCCAAGCUGCCAUUUCGGACCCUAGUCAGAAGAUAUGGCUGUGACUUGGCAUACACUCCUAUGAUAGUCUCGGACUCUUUUGUAAAAUCUGUUAAGGCCAGGGACAUGGAAUUCACAACUAAUGCAGGUGAUCGCCCUUUAAUUGUUCAAUUUGCAGCAAGCAAUGCAAAGGAUUUUGCUGAUGCUGCUGAAAUUGUAGCACCGUUUUCUGAUGGUGUUGAUCUUAAUUGUGGCUGCCCUCAAAGGUGGGCCAUGCAAGAGGGAUAUGGAGCAAAACUGAUCAGAACACCAGCUUUAAUUAAAGACAUUGUGAGGCAGACUGUGGGGCGAAUCCCUGGAUUCCCUGUAUCAAUCAAAAUUAGAAUCCAUGAUGAUUUAAGUAAAACAGUACAGCUCUGUCAGCAAGCUGAAAAGGCUGGUGUGGCUUGGAUAACAGUUCAUGGGAGAACAACAAGACAAAGAGGAGAACCAGCAAACUGGGAUGCCAUAAAAUUGAUUCAAGAAAGUGUAUUGAUUCCAGUUGUGGCCAAUGGAGAUAUCAAAACAGAAUCAGAUGUUAUAAAUGUCCAUGAAAAAACAGGAGUCAAUGGUGUGAUGGCUGCCAGAGGAAUUUUGAACAACCCAGCGAUGUUUGCAGGGUAUCAGUCAACUCCUUUACAAUGUGUCACAGAUUGGGUUGAUGUUGCUCUUUCCCUUGGCACUCCUUUCACCAACUUUCAUCAUCAUUUGAUUUACAUGUUAGAGAAAGUGACAACAAAAGCAGACAGAAGAGUGUUCAGUGAGCUUAAAAGUAUACCUUCAGUUCUGGAAUAUCUUAGAGUAAAUUACAACAUCUAAAACAGGAAUAUGAUGUAAAAAAGUUUACUGUAAGUCUGUUGGGAAACACUCAGUGUAACUGUUGGAUUAUCAAUGGCAAAGGAGGCAAGGCAAAUGAAGAACUGACCAAAAACCGUAAAGGGCAUGACAUGAAGUUGCUAAAAAAAUGAAGUUACUUUUUCUGCUCAGCAAUGAAUGUUGACUCAAAGUCAGGGGUUUGAAUAAAAGCAGGUUAGCAGAGGUUUACCACCACUUUUAAAACCUCUUACUGCAGUCUGUUUAAUCUGGAGCAGGCUAUCAUGUGGGUUUUGCAUCAUGCCUAUUACGCGAAUGUACACCAUUCAUCAGCCACUAAUGGUAAAACUUAUUUAAACUGCAAAGUGUCAGAGAAGACUUAAUUUAGCCACGUGUGAAGACAACAAGUGA